UGCGUCAGGUUGUGUAGUUUCCUCUCUAUCGUCUAAGCUGAAAGUAUAGCUAGCGGUGCACCGUUUUUGGACGUCGGUGCUUGCGAAGAGUACUAGCGAAUCGUACCUCCCGCGCGAAUAGUGGCUCUAAGGCUCGAAGGGUUUUGAUUAUUAUUUGUGUCCGCCGCCGAAUUCCGCGAGUGUGCCCGCUGUUUCCCCGUGGAACGGUAGAAAAGGGUGGUUAAAGGUCGCGUGUUCACCAAAGUGUUGCUUGCAGUUGAUUUGCGUGAUAUUGGAUUUUCGUGCGUUAAUUAUCGCGGCGGUGAAACUGUGUGAAGCAAUGUGAGAAGGAUUUCGGUUAGUUUAAUACAAGAAGGAAAAAAAAUCUCAGCGAUUUUGUCGAUUGUGAACAACAAAAAAUUUUUAGUGAAAGCAACAAACACAAAACAAGAAACGUGGUCAGGAAGCGCAUCGGUGAAAGUGACAGAUACAGUGAAUCCGGGUACAUUGGAGGUGUUAUUAUUUCGGAGAAAAUACACAAAUGGAUCCUAACGAAUAGCACAGUGCACAGUUUUUUUUUCGAAGUGUAAGAACAAGUGUUGCGAAUAUUUUCCCAAAGUGCAAGCAAAAGUGUUACUUUAGCACUACCGAGUCGUCGUAAGAUGGACAUCAAGUCACUGUCGGACGUGCAGAAGCAGAUCUUUCAGAACCUGGUCGAGAAGUUGAUCGCACGCAACAAAUUCCCAGCCGGCGAGGGGGAAGAUGUCCAGAAGCUGUUAGAGGAUGUUCGUGACGCGAAAAACUUCCACAAGAUCAUGGAGAAGUUGAAGGAGUGCGGCCAGCUGGAUCUGGAUAUCGAGGAAAACUUUCGCGAAGAAAACGGAUUUUUCCUCAAAGAUACUGCGAAAAAGUUCGGACCCGGCGGUCAAACGCUUACCCCGCGGCACACCAUCGACGCAAUACUAGGUUUGAAUAAUUGUGAAAAUGGAGGCGAUUCUAGCGACGCGACCGAUCUGAGCGCUUCUCCACUGGGCCACAUCAAGGUCUGCGAUCAGCAGCAAAUGCUUGCCAAAUCUUCCCCGCUGGCCAAUCAAUAUAUGGGCAGUCCUUCGCCGGACAAGUUCCAGCAGCUCGCAAACUACCAGAACCACAUGAAGAGCUUGGAUUUCGCUUCCUCGCUGGAUCCGACGGGUCUUACGGGACAUCACCAACCCCAUCAUCCGGCGCUGCAUCCCCAGCACCCGAAUGCGCUUCCAUCCCACGCUGAACUCGAGUACAUGAAGUCGCUUAAGGAAAAUAACAAAUACUUCGCUGAUCGAAACUACCGGACCGCGAUGGGCUACGGAAACAACAAGUACAGUGCAGGUGGGGAUCCCGGCAGUGAGGAUGGCAAUAGCACCUUGAACGACUACGAGGAUGAUCUAUCGUCUCCGACCGGGGUGACGACGACGGGUGCCCUCAAACGCAAAUACUCGGACAACGAUGAUCAUCUGCUGGACGGUGGAAGCUGCGGGGCUGGCAGUGGUGGUGCGGAUAGCAAUCAGGUUGAGGGCUCCAUUAACAAAUACAGCAAGCUGCAUGACUCAGCCGAUAAAUCAAUUAAGGCUAAUAGUUUCGAUUAUAUGAAAAAUUUCGAUGAUUUACGAGCGCGGCAAGCGGCAUACGAUGCGGAACAGCAGCUCCAGCAGCAUCACCAACAGCUUCAGCAGCAACAACAACAGCAUCAACAGCAACAGCUCCAUCAGGCAGCCCUUCAUCACCAUCAGCAGCAACAACAACAGCAACAGCAGCAGCAGCAACAACUUAACGUUCAAUCACAGCAUCCACUCCAGCAGCAAGCUCCCCCUCACCAUCAGCAGCAGCAGCAGCAGCUUGCCGCGGGAAGCAUCGUGCAUGGUUCAGUGCCCGCCGAACAUAGGCCCGAUGAUUAUAGACUCGCGGCGAAUCCCGCCGGUGGUCAGGAAGGUCCGGACAAACUAGCCGAAGAUGCCGGUAUCAGCUAUGCCUCCAGUGAAGAGCUGAACCAGACGACGCCAAGUGAGCAGGGCGAGAAAAUGGGCUCCGGAAGUGAUGAUGAAGGAGGCGAGGAGGGUUGCUCGAAGAAAAAGCACCGGCGCAAUCGAACCACCUUCACCACCUACCAGCUGCACGAGCUGGAGCGGGCUUUCGAGAAGUCCCACUACCCGGAUGUGUACGCGCGGGAAGAGCUAGCGAUGAAGGUGAAUCUGCCGGAGGUUCGCGUUCAGGUGUGGUUCCAGAACAGGCGCGCAAAAUGGCGCCGGCAGGAAAAAUCGGAAAGCUUGAGGUUAGGACUGUCGCACUUCUCCCAGCUGCCUCAUCGGUUGUCGUGUAACGGAGCGAAUCUGCCCGUCGAUCCAUGGCUGUCACCGCCAUUACUUUCUGCGCUUCCUGGUUUCCUCUCCCACCCGCAAGGUGUCUACCCGAGCUAUCUAACGCCACCGCUCAGCCUGAAUCCGUCCAAUCUGGGUAUGACACAGCUUGGUCUGGGACACCCAAACGCACCGCAAAACCUUAGAAUAUCCCCGCAGGGAAUGCACCCGAUGUCCCCCCAAAUGGGCGGCCACAGUAUGCGUCUAUCCCCGACCCAUCCCAACGGAGCCAUCACUCCCCAGAACCUAUCGAUGGCCUCGCAGCAAUCCCUCACUCCCCGGCACUCUCCGCUGGGUGGCCCCGGAGGACUUGGGGCACAGCCUCCGCCGCAGCCAUCGCAGCUCGCUUCUGUAAAUAUACCCAUAACAUCACCCCAAAAUCUAUCACUAACGCCACCUGGUUUAAGAUCGCCGCAAAGUUUAAGUAGCAGUAGCGCCUCGAACAACAACAACAACAAUGGCUGCGCUGGCAUACCCCUUAGCCCAAAUUCCUCCUCGCCCACCUCGCCGCCCGCUCAGUCCGCGGGCGCAAAAAUGACCAAGCUAACCAACUUGGACCAGGAUGGCUCACUGGAUGGGCUCGGGCUUAACAAGGAUGGCAUCACGGCCGGAGCUGCUGCCCUCAAUAUGACCGUGAAUCACUCAACCGAUAUGAGGACCAACUCGAUCGCAUCGCUACGCAUCAAAGCGAAGGAACAUUUGGAGAACAUCAACAAAGGCAUGACCGCGAUGGUGUAAUAUAGCUCUGGAACGAGAGACAGACAGAGAGACAGAGGAACUCUUGUGGUGAAAAUGUUUCCUAAUUACGUUUAAUAAGAGCAAAUAUGUUAGAUAAAUUGAAAUAAUCGAUAACGGAUAACAGCGCAAAUGAUCUCCCCGACAUGUAGCAGCGGAAUAAUCAAAUGCUGGAAUGAGAACACUAAAUAGAUAAUGACAUUUCAACUUAACUUAAUGCGAUUCAACGCGACCCUGUGCUUAGUCUGUAAAUAGAGAUAGUUUUGUUUUUAUUUCAUCGAGGCGAUCCUUCGUGAAAGGUACAUAAAUAUUUAUAAUGAAACACUUGCUUGAAAGUUAACACGCUGAAAAUUUGUAAAUAUGGCAGCAGAACUUUCCGAACUAUGAUAACAACUAUUGAGUAGAAGGCACACAUAUUGGCUCGCCGGGGUAGGAUGGAAGUGAGCCUCAUUUGUAAAUAUAAGAUAAUAUUAGUAGCAUAAUUUCGAAAAAACGGAGGUUGGAUGGAUAAUUUUUGUAUAAAAAGUGAAACGCGAGAUUAUGAAUUGUUCACUUGUGAAAAUCGAUGAAGAAAAACGCAGAAA